GUACACGAACACCACUUCAAGUUCAAAGUAGAGUCCAAAAGUAUUUCAUAGCCCUCAAACGUGGAGGGCUACCAGUUCCAGGCAAAAAUCCAAGAUCAGCUGUUUUGAGAAAAGCGGGUGGACGAAAACGUGGUACAACACUCCAUGCAGUGUCAUCUGGGAGGAACUCAAUUUUCAUGAGAGCAUUCAACAUGUAUGAAGAUGAACAUCAUGGAGUAAAUAUUAGCAAUGUAUCAAAUUUAACAACUGCUGGUACUUUUGAUGACUUCUCAAGUAAAGAGCUGAUCGAGAGUGCACAGGAUGAGGAAGAUAUUGCAGAAGAGCUUCGAAACACAGAAGAGUAUCAAGAAAUAUUGAGGAUAAAGCAAGUCAGGUCAUUGAAGGUCCGUGAGAUGGAAACAGGCAUUAUUUCUCAUCCAGGAUUCACUUGUGAUGUAUGUGGCAUGGAACCCAUUUUUGGACCACGAUGGCACUGUGUUGAGUGUCCAGCUUCUACAAGUGUUGAUCUCUGUGAGAAGUGUGUCAAGACUGAUUUCUCCACUGAUUCACACAGAUCAUCUCACAUAUUGCAACCUUUUAAAGCACUCUGUAUCCGAGAUACCAUGGUAACAGCCAACUAAAGAAAACCAUGUGUUCACCUGAAUUUACUUAAGAAGAGUGACACACAUCAUGAUAUUCAGCCUUUUCACAUACACACUCACUGCUUAUUUUCAUUUUUGCACUCUGAGUAUUCCUUGUAAAUUUUUAUCCCCAAGGAUAGCAAAUUUAAUCCUUCUUUUCUUCCAAUCAAAUUACAGUGAACCCUCACUUUACGCGGUCAAUUGAACCCACGGCGGCCCGCGUAAAGUGAACAACAUAACAUAUGGGAUUAAUUGAAAUAGAGACCGGGCCGACCCCCAAACUCCACUU